UUUGUGUAUACGUGUGCGACUGGCCAAUCGUACACGAACAGCGGUCUCCAUGGUUACGUCUUACACACCGAACGCCUUGUUAGCGGAUGAACCUUUACAAGAGAGAUGAGUGGGAGAGACCUGCGUGCCUUUCUGUCGAGUCACCGUGCUGAGGAUGUGGAGAAGUUGACACAGAGAGUAAAAGAUGAAUUGGGAAUCACCAGAUACAAACCUAUUCAGUAUGACAAGCUUCAGGCCAUGGUGGAGGCCAAGAAACUCUACUCUGAGGAGAUUGAACACAAGAUAAAGAAGAGUCUGAAUCUGGUCCAAGAGAGGAGAGAGAGCUGCCUGCUACGCCAACACAGACAGGUGUGGACCGCCGAGAACCACAAACUGAGCCGAGCCAGGGAUCGAAGCAUGGCAGAUUUAAAGAGCUUCCUGACCAGAAGCAGACUGGAAGCAGAGGAUGAUGGAGAUCUCUUUACUGAACUGCUGCAUUUGGAUCUGACUUUGGAGCAUGAACGUGAAGCAUUUCGCUUGGCCACUGUAGAGCCAGUGUGCCAGCUAAGAGAGGACCUCCUCUACAGACUGAUGUCACAGCCUCCAGCAGCCAAUGAGCACAAAGAGUGGGUUCAUGUCCUUCAGCAGGUGGUAUCUGUGAAGGAACAGCAGCAGGCUGUGAUGGACAGACUGCAGGAUGAGUGUGUGGCUCUCGAGCAGGAGUUAAGCGCUGCUGGACUGGAGGAACGACUGGAUGCUUCUGCAGUAGAGGAGUAUGUUGGCGGUCUGCAACAGAUACCAGAGGAGAUCCUGACCACACACUGCCCUUACUCCGAAGCCAAAGAAGCCAUCAUCAGUGCCUUCAUAAACAUGUCAAAUAAAUACUCUGUGCGCCUGCAGACAAUACGCAGCAGGUUGCAGGGCCUGGACAGGAAUUGUGGUUGGAAUGAAGAGGAUCACUUGCAGUUUCUCCACAUCAUAGGUCAAUAUUCUCCUGAGCUAAGAAACCACAGAGGGCUCUAUAUGGACAUGCUCCAGAGAAUUCUGCCACAUGUCUCCAGAGCAGAACUGAAUGUCCAUGAGCGGACCUGGGACUGGUUCAGGUUUAGCAUGGAGCAGGAGAGGCUGCUGUUGGAGAGUUGGCACAGGGAGCGGACAUUUCUGCGGCUGCGGACACGGCGGUUGUUGGAGGAUGCCGAGGUCAUCUACGAUGAAGAGCAGAGCCUGCAGAAUGACCGAUUACACCAGCAACAGAUCUGUGCACAGCUUAGACAAAAGCUGCAGCAGUGGCGUGACCAGCAGGAAGAGGUGGCUCAGAUGGAAGCAGCUGUAGCAGCACGCUGGCAGGAGGAGGAGAAGGAAAGACAGAGAGAGGAGCAGGAGAGAGAACAUGGCAGGAGGACCAGACAGAAACAACAAGUGCAAGAGUUUCACGAGAUACAGCGGAGGAGGAGAGCGGAGUGGAGGUGCAGAGAGGAGACAAGACUGGCUCAGCUCAGGAGAGAGAUGGAAGAACAGAUGAGGAGAGAUAAAGAAAGGGUGCAGUUCAGAGAGAAGUUACUGCAGCAACGACAGCAGGAGCAACAAGCUAAAGAAAGACUCAAACAAAGAGAGGAUGAGGAGCGAGAGGAGAGACUUCAGACACUACGCAAUCAGGUUGCCAUUGUGGCAGAGGCAGACCCAGAGAGGAUGAUGGGACAGACUGAAGCUUGGAGAACACACAUACAGCCUGAUAGAGAGGAGUUCAUGCUGCAGAGACCCCUCUAUCACUUACACACAUAUACAGACACACAGAUCGUGGCUGACCCGAGGGUCCGUAUCGAGCAGGCGCUCAGGACCGCAGGUCUUCAUCACACACACUACGCACGAGCAAUGCUUUCAGAAAUCCCUCCACCAAAACCACCACGACGGGAUACAGAAUCCACCGUCUUCAAAUCCUAACCUUACCUUCUUCACAUCACACUCACACUCUUAAUGUUUCAUCUUACAUGGGGGGAAAAAAAACAGGUAUUAGUAACAAGACAGUCAGCAGCACACUGCAGAGCAACAUGAUUUCUAUUACUGUCAGAAACCUGAUAUAUAUAUACAGUACAGACCAAAAGUUUGGACACACCUUCCAAAAGUUUGGACACACCACCUUUUCAACAGGACAAUGACCCCAAACACACCUCCAGGCUGUCUAAGGGCUAUUUGACCAUGAAGGAGAGUGAUGGGGUGCUGCACCAGAUGACCUGGCCUCCACAGUCACCGGACCUGAACCCAAUGGAGAUGGUUUGGGGUGAGCUGGACCGCAGAGUGAAGGCAGAAGGGCCAACAAGUGCUAAGCAUCUCUGGGAACUCCUUCAAGACUGUUGGAAGACCAUUUCAGGUGACUGCCUCUUGAAGCUCAUCAAGAGAAUGCCAAGAGUGUGCAAAGCAGUAAUCAAAGCAGAAGGUGGCUACUUUGAAGAACCUAGAAUAUGACAUAUUUUCAGUUGUUUCACACUUUUUGUUAUGUAUGUAUAUAAUUCCACAUGUGUUAAUGCAUAGUUUUGAUGCCGUCAGUAUGAAUCUACAAGUCAUGAAAUAAAGAAAACUCUGAAUGAGAAGGUGUGUCCAAACUUUUGGUCUGUACUAUAUAUAUAUAAAUAAAAGGACUCUAAUCAUUAAACAUAAUCAUUAUUACUCCACUGCAUAAUACUGGAAAUGAAAUGCUUUACAAAAAAAAGUUCUAUUCUAUUUAAAUGUGAAUCUGAGAUUAAAUCCAGGCACCAUAAUUGUUUUUGAAGAGCUCUGCUGCUUCGCUCCUGCCUGCUGAGUUCAUUACUGUAUGAGGAAUAGAGACAGGUGUACAAUCUUAGAGCUAGUGAGACUGCAGGGUUUCAGUCCAAUCGAGCAGGAGUUUCACUGUAUAUUACUGUAAAUAUGUUAUCAAAGAUCUCUUCUUAUUCUUUGAUCGACUGAUUCUGGAGGGAUCUCCAUUUCCAAUCAGUUUCAUCUGUAUAAAGCUUCCACCGCUCGUUCGAUGUGCGAACACCCUUGAGGAUGAUGAUGAAGGGAACUAUUAAAGAAAUUAGCUCGCUAAAUACAAUACGUGAAGUGGUGUUAGCUAGAUUACAUCAUAUUGUCCUAUUCUCUUCUGAGUACGGUUUAUUUUAUUUAUUUAUUCAUUUUGAAUCCCUCUCUUUCUCUCUCUGAUCAACGAUCCUCUUCCUCUCCUUGGCUACCUGCGCUCUCACUUUGUGCAAUGGAGUGGGAUAUUUUUGUAUAUUUUAUCUGAUUUAUUAUGACGAACUUUUCUGAAUACUAUAUAUAAAAAUAUAUUAUAAAUAUAAAUUAUUCCACAUUUGUUUCAGUGGAUCAUAAAUAUCGGGGUGGUUGUUUUAGUUCUGAUUAUUGGGAAUUUACACAAUUUACCCUAUGAUUAUUAUACAUUUGUCUUUAAUCAGUAAGCCUAUGGUGACAAUGGAGAUGAAAAACACUAUAAAAAUCCCAACUCCACUAAGCUCAUUAACCCUCAGUUAAUAAAAUAUAAUAAAAUGUAUAUGUAAAUAAAAUGCUGAAAUAUGUAAGACACUCUGGUUAAGCAUGUCUGCUAAAUGGCAAAAACGUGUGUCUACGAUUGAUGAUGACAAUUUUUCCAAACAAACACAAAUACAUAUUUUUCAAUUGUGAGUUUAUUCACAAAAGCAGUACGAAAUAAUAUCAUCUAUUACACACAUUUGAUUCUGUACUUUUCAAAGCAUUUCAGCACCAUGGGAAAAUUCGGUCACCUACUGCGUUAAGUAAAAAUACAAACAUAGAAUUUAAUAUAUCUACAACAUAUGUACACUUAUGUACAGAUGUCUAAACACGGCACUGGCAUGUGCUUCUUCUUAUAAACAUUAUAUACAGGCAUUUAUUACAACCGGUAGCUGUUGGUUAAUGAAUGAAAAGUCUUUUAACUACAACAUUGCACUUCUAUUUACCUAAAAAACUGCAUUCUUGAAUUUUUAAGGAAUUUUCAAUGUAUUUCAACCCAACUGAAUAUCUUAUCUACUGCAUGUGCAGCGUGUGUGUGUGUGUGUGUGUGUGUGUGUGUGUGUGUGUGUGUGUGUGUGUGUGUGUGUGUGUGUGUGUGUGUGUGUGUGUGUGAGUACAGCAGAGGACAUGUCU